CCUCCUAUCAGUUCUCAGCUCAUAUUGUUUCUUGUCAUUUCUUCGCCACUUAUUUUUCUCUUGUUCCACUAAAAAGUAAAAAUAGUGGUUCUAAUAUUUUAACUAUAUAUAUAGAGAGAAACUAAAAAAAUCCCCAUCAUUAAAGAUUCUCUCAGCUUAUAUAAAUAGUUCUGUUUUUGGUUGAAAAACAGAAUGGUGGAGAACGAAGCAGCUGAAAGCAGCAACAGCAACAGCAACAGCAACAGCAACAACAACAACAGUAACAGUAGCAGCAACAAGUCAUUCGGGAAGAAAUGCAGUAAUGUAGUGAAGAAGCAAAAGACUAAAUUCUACAUUCUUCGUCGAUGUGUUGCUAUCUUGCUUUGUUGGCACGAGCCGCGUGACAAUGCUCAAGAAGGUUAGAUACAAAUACAACUUCAUUACUACUACAGAGUAUAGACUAUACAACUAUAGACUACUCCCUAUUAUUUACAGUUGUUAACUACAAAAACCAAUUUUGUAACUUUUUUGUCAACUUGAGCAAAAGGAAAGAAAAUGUGUAGGAUCUUUUUGUUUUUGAAUUUAUUAUUUUUUAUUACUUUUUUGUGUAAUUCAUUAUUGUUUAUUUUUCAAGGGCAUUAUCUCAUGAAUUAAUUAUUUGUCCAGAUCUGAAUACUGUUUUUUAGCUAGUAGAAAGUAGAAUCUUUGAAUAGAUU